CUUGGCGAGAGUCCUCCAUGGAUUACAGCGUGUCCCUUCAGGUGCAGCAGCAGGUGUCCGUGUCUUCCGGCCGCUGGUACCAGGGAUACAGUGUGCAAGUACAGAUGAAGCCCACAGAUGUGGAGGAAGACCUCUUCACAGACAGGUACUGCAAGGUGUGCAGCGCUCAGCUCAUCUCCCAGUCCCAGCGAGUGGCCCAUUAUGAGAGUCGGAAGCAUGCAAACCGUGUGCGGUUGUAUCACAUGCUCCACCCGCCGGAUGGUAGCUAUCCAGCCAAGAAGCUGCGAACGGAUAAUGGCAAUGAGCAUGGCCAUGUGGAUGAGAACAAGUGCUGCACACUGUGUAAUAUGUCCUUCACUUCAGCGGUGGUGGCGCAGUCUCACUACCAGGGCAAGAUCCAUGCCAAGCGACUGAGGCUCCUGUUAGGGGCACCGGCAAGCUCCGCUCCAAAGGUGGAGAGCGGCCCACUGGAGGGACUGUCUGAGUCACAGUCCCCUGAGACCCCUCCCCAACCACACCGGGAUUCAAACCGCUGCUGCCAACUGUGUGGUGCCUGGUUCAACAACCCAGGAAUGGCUCAGCAGCACUACGCGGGCAAGAAGCACAGGAAGAAUGCGGCACGUGCCCACCUCCUAGAGCAGCUGGGGGAGACACUGACUGGGGGCCAGAACAGAGGCCUGAAGCGCUCCCACAGCUGCGAGUUGUGCAGCGUCACGCUAAACUCAGUGGCCCAGUACCAUGCUCACCUGCAGGGCUCCAAGCAUCAGAACAACCUAAAGAAUCAGCAGUAA